AUGGCUCCGUUGUUCCCAGAUUUCCGCAAGAUCCGGAAAAGGAUGAAGCGAUCCCUCAACUUCGGAUCGAAACAGCCGGCGGCUCUCAAUUAUCCAUUAACUCAACUAGUGGUAGACUACUUCGACAAAAAAUCCACUUUUGACUACUUGGAACCCCACACUUCUGCUAUGAUUUCAAAGAAUGGUUUUGCUGAUCCCUGUACACUGGUUGUCGCUCUCGUUUAUCUGGAUCGUCUUCGUGAUCAAAACAAGGAAUAUUUCGAAGCUACGGAUCCCGUUUCGCUCUAUGUCCCUGCUCUAGUUCUCGCUUCGAAGUACAUACAUGACACGGAUACAUACGACAGAGUUUCGAAUUCGGAAUGGGCAGAAUCACUCAAGAUGAAUUUUGAUGAAUUGAAUUCAAAAGAAUGGGAAUUGGUUAAGAAAUUAGACUGGAAUGUGGCUGUGAAGAAUGAGGAGUUCGAGAAAUAUCUAGAGAAAAUGGAAAAAUGGGUUGCUGGAUCCUUUGUGGAGAAAAAUGAUUUUAUGACGUACAAUGAACUUCUUCAGUUGUCAUCAAUGAUUCCAAUUAUCGACAUCGUCAAGCAGCUGAUCGAAUUCAUCAGUUCCACCUCCCUUAUCUACUGUCUCACUCUCGCUUUGAUGUCGGCCACCAUGUCUACCGUCUCCGAGCCAUCGACUUCAACCGACGUCUCCGUUUCGCGAGACACCAAUAGAACCUUCUCGCCAGUCUUCUUGUCGCCACGAACCCCAUCUGAGCCAACCAACGACUUCACCUUCGAGUUCAGCGAGCACAAGUGGAACAUCGAAGAAGACGUCGAGUUCGAGAAGGAGAAUGGAACCGAAGCAGAGUUAUGUCCCUUCAAAUCUGCUCGCCGAGCCAUUGAUCAGUUCAGACUUGCCUUAUCACCCUAUUUCGCUUGUUAUCGUGAAAAUUUUGAGAUAUUCAUAAAAUAA